AUUAAUUAGCAUCGUGUGCUUUGACCAAACGCGAUUGGUCGUUUCGUCGUCAUCCGGGAAGGGACACACAAAUCGGGGGAGAUGUCAAGCAGAGAAAACCCUAGCGGAAUCUGCAAAAACAUUCCCAAUCUCAUCUCUUCCUUCGUCGACACUUUCGUUGAUUACUCUGUUUGCGGCUUCUUCUUGCCCCAAGACCGUAGCCCACAGGACGAGACUCAGCAGACGAGGUUCGAUGAACCAGAGCGUCUUGUUGCCAUCGGUGAUCUCCACGGCGAUCUCGACAAGUCUAGAGAAGCAUUCAAGAUCGCUGGACUGAUUGAUUCUUCCGACCGAUGGACUGGUGGAUCCACGGUGGUUGUUCAGGUUGGUGACGUCUUAGAUAGAGGCGGAGAGGAGAUUAAGAUACUUUAUUUCUUAGAGAAAUUGAAACGAGAGGCUGAGAGAUCGGGAGGUAAGGUUCUGACUAUGAAUGGGAACCAUGAGAUUAUGAAUGUAGAAGGUGACUUUAGGUAUGUUACCAAGAAGGGUUUAAAGGAGUUUCAGAUUUGGGCUGAUUGGUAUUGUUUAGGGAACAAGAUGAAGACUUUAUGCAGAGGUUUGGAUAAACCUAGGGAUAUCUAUGAAGGCAUUCCAAUGAGCUUCCCUCGUAUGAGAGCUGACUGUUUUGAAGGAGUUAGAGCUAGGAUUGCUGCGUUGAGACCUGAAGGUCCUAUUGCAAAGAGAUUCUUGACUAGGAAUCAAACUGUUGCUGUCGUUGGUGAUUCAGUGUUUGUUCACGGUGGUCUUUUAGCUGAGCACAUUGAGUAUGGUCUCGAGAGGAUAAACGAGGAGGUUAGAGGCUGGAUUAACGGGUUGAGAGGAGGAAGAUAUGCGCCUGCGUAUUGUAGAGGAGGGAACUCUGUAGUUUGGUUGAGGAAAUUCUCGGAAGAGAUGGCUCACAAAUGUGAUUGUGCAGCUCUUGAGCAUGCUCUUUCCACUAUUCCUGGGGUUAAGAGGAUGAUCAUGGGACACACAAUCCAGGACGCUGGUAUCAACGGUGUUUGUAAUGAUAAAGCCAUUAGAAUUGAUGUUGGCAUGUCCAAGGGAUGUUCCAACGGUUUGCCUGAGGUUUUGGAAAUCCGCAGGGACUCUGGUGUGCGGAUAGUGACAUCGAAUCCAUUGUAUAAGGAGAAUCCAUAUUCUCAUUUAGCUCCUAAUAGUAAAACUGGUCUCGGGUUGCUGGUACCAGCUGAACAUGUUCCUAAGCAAGUGGAAGUCAAAGCUUAAAGACCGACCUUUUUUAGCAAACACUAGUUUUGAUACUCUCUCUGCUUAGAUGAUUGAUGCCUUUUGCAAUUCCAGCAUUGGCGGAUUCUUUGUAUGAACACAUCUUCUUAGAGUUAUAAAUUGUGGUUUCAAUUUAUCAGAAAGUUAGAUAAUAAUGUUUGUAGCAGCAAUAUGGAACCUUUAUAACUGAUUCAAUUUUGUUAAAGGUCUAUAAAUGAUUUGAUCUUUGGUUUA